GUCAGUACAUUCAUAACUCCAGCUCUCUGCGCACGAAAGACCGACGAAGACGGAGCAAAAACAAAUUCGUUAUUCUUGUUUUUCUAAAAGUUUGUUCUGUUUUGAAGGUCAGUUGUGUUGGAUAUUUGAAGCAGAAUGCCCUCAAGAAUGGACACACAGGUUGUCAUUCCUCAGGACGUUGGAGGAAGACUUGAAGAUUUAGAGCAAGACUACAAGGAUGGCGACCUGACGGAGAAGGGUUACAUCAAAAAGAAGUGCAAACUGCUGUUUGAGCAUUUGACUGCAGAAACACAGUCAAGUUUGAAGGAGCUGGACGAAGAGUUCAAAGACGAAAGCCUGACAGAGAAAGGAUACUUGUCCAAAGUUAGCGCUCUUCUCACUAGCGCUCUCAAGGAGAAGCCCAGCCCAGCUGUGAAUGGCAAUGUGACGUCCCCUCCUGCCAAGAACGGUCACGUGACAAACGGCAACGGCCACGUACAGAAUGGCAACGGAAGCCACCAAUCAGAUGCCAGCAGGGAGGACACAACCAGCCAAUCAGAGGACGAUAUGGAUACGGACGCCCCUGCCGCAGACAAAAAGGUCAAGCGGGGAAAGAAGGCCCAGAACGGGAAGAGGAAAGUCCUUGGUGAUGAUGGCAAGUCGUCCUCCACCGAGAGUUCCCUGGAAGACGAAAAAUCACCCCCUCUGUCGAACUCGGUCAACGGGAAGCGGAAGAGGUCACCAAAGGUCGACCCUAAGCAGAAGAGCCUCCUGAGCAUGUUUACAAAAUUACCCUCCAAGCGCAAGAGUGAAGAAAUGUCAUCUAGCAGCGCCGACUCCGAGAUGCCAGCAAGCAGCAGCAGCAGCAGGGAGAGUUCGGAGGUCAAACAAGAGGUCAAAGUUCAAGAGGAGAAGAGGAUAAAGACGGAGGAGGACGAGUCGCUCACAGACGAGACGAAUGACGCUGACAUCCAACAAGACGUCAAUGGUGACGUGAAAGAGGAGUGUAAUGAUGGACCACAACUGCGCAAGAGGUCCGAGUCCACGACCCCGGCGAACAUUCCAAAAUCGCCAACAAAGCAAGCGCCGCCACGCUGUAAAGAUUGCCGUCAGCUAUUGGACGAUCCUGAUCUGAAGAUUUUUCCUGGCGACCCAGAAGAUGCUCGUGAAGAGUUUGUGACUCUCACGGACCCUAGCCUGUCACUGCUCAGCGGUGAUGAGGAGGAGACCAUGGGCUACGACGAAAGGCUACAGUUCAAAAUCACCAACUUCUGUGUUUAUGACAAGAACACUCAUUUGUGCGCCUUUGACUCCGGGCUGAUUGAGAAAAACAAAGAGCUUUUCUUCAGCGGUUACGUCAAGCCAAUCUAUGAUGACAACUCCAGCAUCGAGGGUGGUAUUCCUACCAAGGCCAUGGGACCCAUCAAUGAGUGGUGGACGGCCGGAUUUGAUGGAGGAGAAAAAGCUCUGAUUGGGUUUGGAACAGCCUUUGCCGAGUAUAUCUUGAUGGUGCCCUCGGAGGCCUACACACCAUUCUGGAAGGCCAUGCAGGAGAAGAUCUACAUGAGCAAGAUUCUGAUUGAAUUCAUACAGAAUAACCCUGAGGCGGAAUACGAGGACCUCAUCAACCAGAUCGAGACCACUGUGCCACCAGAAAACUGCAGCAGUUUCACUGAAGAUUCGCUGCUACGCCACGCUCAGUUUGUCGUAGAACAGGUUGAGAGUUACGAUGAAGGAGCGGACGAGGAGGAAACGUUACUCAUCACCACACCCUGCAUGAGGGAUCUCAUCAAGCUGGCUGGCGUCACCCUGGGAAAGAGACGAGCAGUACGUAAAGCGGCCCGCAAGGCGCCCAAGGCCGAGAAGAAGCAGAUGCGCUCCAUGGCCACCGUCACCCCGCUGGUCCGCAACAUCUUUGAUAUCUUCUUCAGGGGACAGAUCCAGAAGGAGCAAGGGAACAUCAUCCGCAAGAGACGAUGCGGCAUAUGCGAGGUGUGCCAGGCAGCCGACUGCGGCAAGUGCGCAGCCUGUCAAGACAUGAUCAAGUUUGGCGGCACAGGGAGAACCAAGCAGGCCUGCAUGAGCCGGCGGUGCCCCAACAUGGCCGUCAAGGAGGCUGAAGACAACGACGACACUGAAAACGAGGAGGAGGAGAAUGUCAUCGACACGCGACGCCGCGGCCACAAGACGGCACUAGAGACCAAGAGGAAGAAGAGGACUCCCGUGGAUUGGCUAGGCGACCCCAUCAAGGUGGAGGGUUCUCGGAGCUACUACGCCUCGGCUCUGGUUGGCGACGAGAAGGUCGAUGCUGGCGACUUUGUGCUGGUCCACCCCGAUGACCCCGAACGACCUCUAUUCAUCGCCAAGAUUGUCUACAUGUUCCAAGAAAAAGGGGAUGAUUUGAUGUUCCACGCUCAUUGGUUCAUGUAUGGCUCGGAGACAGUACUGGGUGAAACCUCGGAUCCUCUGGAGCUUUUCCAGGUUGAUGAGUGCCAAGACACCUACCUUGCUUCUGUCAGCUCCAAGUGCAAGGUGAUCUACAAAGAGGUGUCGCCUGACUGGUACUCCUUGGGCGGGAUUGAGAACCCAGAGGACGAUGCGGUGAUCAAGGAGGACGACCAUCGCACCUUCUUUUAUCAGAAGUGGUACGAUCCGGAGCUGGCACGCUUUGAGGACGUCAAGACCGUGCCGCGACCCAAGGGGGCGCCAAAAUACCGCUUCUGCGCAUCCUGUGUCAAGACGGAGGAAACUCAAAAGAGAGAAGCCCCACAGGUCGGAGAACAAACCAAGAAUCCAGACGGAGAUAGCAAAGUAUACUACAGUUCGUCCUCAUUCCAAGGCGUCGACUAUCGCAUUGGUGACAGCGUUUUCUUGAUGCCUGACGCGUUCUCUUUUAACAUCAAGGCAAAAAGUGCACCCAUCAAGAAGUACACCAAGAAAGAAGUGGACGAGGAACUUUACCCUGAGUACUACCGCAAGACCACCGAUUACAUCAAGGGCAACAAUCGCGAGUGUCCCGAGCCGUUUCGUAUCGGUCGCAUCGUUGGCAUCUUCACGCGCAAGGGCUCGGAGGACAUCAAGCUGCGCGUCCAGAAGUUCUACCGGCCGGAGAACACCCACAAGGGGGCGUCCGCGGGACAACAGUCGGAUCUGAACCUCCUGUACUGGAGCAAUGAAGAGGCCACAGUUGACCUGACCGGUGUUCAGGGUAAGCCCACCGUCGUUUGUGGCGAUGACGUCCCAGGAUCCAUCCAUGACUACUGCAAUGGCGGACAGUAUCGAUUCUACUUCCUAGAGGCGUACAACAGUGAAACUAAACAGUUUGAAGAUCCGCCGUCAGAGGCCCGCAACACAAGCACCAAAGGAAAGGGUAAAGGCAAAGGCAAGGGAAAAGGCAAGGGCAAGUCUUCAGAGGAAUCUGUCAAGGUUGAAGAGGACGAAGAGCUGUUUUUCCAGAAACUGAAGUCGCUGGACGUGUUUGCUGGAUGCGGAGGUUUAUCAGAGGGAUUCCACCAGGCCGGUCUGUGUGAAAGCAACUGGGCCAUUGAGAUAGAUGAACCGGCCGCCCAGGCCUUCAGGCUGAACAACCCCGGCAGCACGGUGUUCACUGACGACUGUAACCUGCUCCUAAAACUGGCCAUGGAAGGUGAGAAGACCAACGGCCGUGGGCAGAAGUUACCCCAGCGUGGUGAGGUGGAAGUCCUGUGCGGUGGCCCGCCAUGUCAGGGAUUCAGUGGUAUGAACCGCUUCAACUCCAGGGAAUACUCCAAAUUCAAGAACUCACUGAUUUCUUCCUACCUCAGCUACUGUGAUUACUACCGACCCAAGUUCUUUCUCCUGGAGAACGUGCGCAACUUUGUCUCUUACAAGAAGAACAUGGUGCUCAAGCUAGCUCUCCGGUGCUUGGUCCGCAUGGGAUAUCAGUGCACCUUUGGAGUGCUACAAGCUGGUCACUACGGCGUCCCCCAGACUCGUCGUCGGGCCAUCAUCCUCGCCGCUGCCCCGGGCCAGAAGCUGCCUUUCUACCCAGAGCCCAACCACGUCUUUGCUCCCCGGGCAUGCCAGCUCAGCGUGCUCGUGGACGAGCGCAAGAUCAACAGUAACAUCUCUUGGCUUGAGUCGGCACCGUAUCGCACCAUCACGGUGCGUGCGGCCAUGUCGGAUCUGCCGGAGAUACACAACGGCCACCAGAAACUGGAGAUCUCGUACGACGGCGAGCCGCAGUCUGCCUUCCAGAGAAAGAUCCGCGGCAACCAGUACCAGCCCAUCCUGCGUGAUCACAUCUGUAAGGAGAUGAGUCAGUUGGUAGCGACUCGUAUGCGACACAUUCCUCUAGCCCCGGGAUCUGAUUGGAGGGAUCUGCCUAACAUUCAGAUCACCCUGCCUGAUGGCAACAUCUGCCGUAAACUGCGCUACACCCAUAAGGACAAGAAAAACGGCUACUCCAGCAAUGGCUCGCUGAGGGGCGUCUGCUCGUGCGCCGAGGGCGAGAAGUGCGACACGGCCUACCGUCAAUUCAACACGCUCAUUCCCUGGUGCCUGCCCCACACCGGUAACCGGCACAACCACUGGGCAGGGUUGUACGGCCGACUGGAGUGGGACGGAUUCUUCAGUACUACGGUGACCAACCCCGAGCCAAUGGGCAAACAGGGUCGUGUUCUUCACCCAGAGCAGCACCGUGUGGUCAGUGUCCGUGAGUGCGCUCGUUCCCAGGGCUUCCCUGACACCUACCGCUUCUUUGGAACAAUCCUAGAAAAACACCGACAGGUCGGCAACGCAGUCCCCCCACCCUUGUCGGCAGCUAUAGGCCGUGAGAUCAAGAAGUGUGUCGUCGCCAAGGCAAAGGAGGACAGAACCGACCCAAAGAAGCAGGAGCAGCCGGCCCAGACUGUCAAGGAAGAGGAGGUUGUAAAGAAAGAGGAGGUUGAGAUGGAUUGAGGUCACGUGUGGGUUAAAGGUCAGAGGUUGUUCCAGACUACUGAUGAAUAUUCAUGAGUCGGAUGUCACUGGUAGUUGGCAGACUAGAAGUCAAAAUUAUAAAAGGUUGAAAGGUUGAAAAACCACACUGAUUACAUUAAUUUGUAAUUCAAGGACCUGGGGCAAAAACAAUGUGACAUCUGAGAAAAUUGAGGUUGGAAUGGGUCAAAGUUUGUAGUUGAAAGGUUAAAGGUUACUCUAGGGUCAAUGAUAUCUGUAAAUACAUUGAUAAGUUGAAAAUUGGAUCUCCUUUCAUUAAAUAAAAUUCCUAUACUGCAUUUAUUUUUAUUGGCAGUGUCUUGCGUCACAAUGGCUUUUAUAUACUACCUCAGUUGUUUUAAAAGGCGGUCUUUUACGGAAUCACUUUGGAAAAGGUGCUCUGUUUAUGAUGAAACCUAUCCAGGUGGUUUGAAUGGAACUAUGGGGAUUGAUUCCAGAGAUCAGCUGAAAUUGGAGAAAUCGGUUGAAAUUAUAAUUGGUUGAUCGUGAUGGACGUAGCACAUUCCAUAGCAUUAUCCACAGCUGUAAAUGUCUAUGCUUAUGUUUUAAAUGAAAGAAUUCAAGUCAAUGUUGAUAAUUCCCCUCAACACAGCUAGAAUUAUGGUAUUGGAUUGGUAAUGUCUCUAAUGAUACAAUUGCCCAGAAAUAUAAUGCCAGUGUUUUUGAGGAAAUCUAUUUUGAAAAUGUAAAAGAAUUGUAUUUUGUUGCUUUGUUGUAUGUGAUUAUUGCCUGCUAGCGACGUGUAAGCUUAGCGACGUUUCUAUAUGCAUAUUUCAAAUGAGGCACUAUUGAAAUCUUAUAUCUUGUAUCCGUUCUCUGUCAAUGUGUUCAUUUUGAGGAAAUUUAACAUUUUUAUUGAGAUUCGAGAUUAACAAAAAAUUCCACUUUAUAAAUAUAUCUCUUUUUUCUAAAUAUUAAUUACCAUUGUUUUUACAUGCAUUGAUUGUACUGAAUUCUAAAUUGCACAUGAAUUGUACAUAAGCAACUUUUUCUUAAAAACUGUCCUGUUUUGUGAAAUUGUUUUCCGUGGUUCAAAUGUUGUCCAUAACUUGCGCACUCUUGUUUUCAAAAUUGCACUUGCUUGGUCUGUCCAUGAAAUUUAUUCAUUAUAAUUUUUUAUUUCAACAAUUUAAUUGUUAUAAAUAUGACAAUAUUUGAGAAAUGCUUUUAAGAUGCAAACUAUAUAUAGAAGGCGUUUUUAGCUGUUUAGUGCAUAUUUGUGUUCUGUGAAUUAAGUAAGAUAUAUUAAAGUUCAUUGUUAGCAAUUAAAAGAGUAGUUUUUGUAUAUUUCAAUCAAA